AUGGGGCUUGCAGUGAGCUUCACGGCUUGGCUGGUUGUGGGGGAGUGCUUUGCUUCUGAGCUGUGGGGGCUGCGUGAGGGCCUUAAGCUAUGUUGCUCCUUAAAUAUUCGCUGUCUUGAAAUUGAGAUGGAUGCCAAGUCCAUUGUUGAGGUGCUUCAGAAUGCUGAUUAUGUUAACAACGCUUUUUCUCCUAUUAUAGAUGAAUGUAGGCAACUGAUUACUCAGUUCCACCAUGUUUGUAUUAAGCAUUGCUUCCAGCAAGCCAAUCAAUGUGCUGAUGGCUUAGCUAGGAUGAGUUGUAGGAUGAAUGCUGAGUUCCUUAUUUAUGAUAGUCCGCCUGUGGACAUUUUAGAAAUAUUUGAGGGAGACCUCAAUGGGAUGUAUUUCAAUAGGAUAUGUCCUAAACCUUGCAUUGGUGUUUAG